AUAUUUUUUUUUAAGUUUAUUUUUAUUAGUUGAGGCAAUUGUUUGUUUUUGUUAUGUUUGUAUGGUGCAUGUGUUAUGUUAAGUUGUAAACAAAAUGCUGCUAGUGCUGUUCUGAGCAAAUAGAGAAAAUUUAUUGCAGUUUAUGUGAAAGUAGAUUGAAAGCGUACAAAAAACUACAAUUGUCGUUUCGGUGUGAGUGUAUGUCUGUGUGUGUGUUAGUGUGACAGCAGACGACUUUUGUCGCCACUGUGUGUGUGUGUGUGUGCCAGUGCGCUGUCAAAAGGGCGGUUAAAAGAAAAGUCAACAAACUAACAAAGACAAGGAGAGGCAAUUGAGUGAGAGCGAGAGAGAACGAGUGGAACGUUGUCAACAUAACGGAGCAUAAAGCGAACGCGAAUAUGUUUACAAAGAAGAAAAAGAAACCGCUUAUCUCGAUGCCCAGCAAUUUUGAGCAUCGCGUGCACACCGGUUUCGAUAAACGUGAGAAUAAAUAUGUGGGACUACCCCUACAAUGGGCCUCCAUCGUGGGCAACAAUCAAAUACUCAAAUCUAGCAAUCGUCCGUUGCCUUUGGUCGAUCCCUCUGAAAUUACGCCAACGGAGAUACUCGAUUUAAAGACCAUUGUGCGUCCGCAUCACAACAACAACAACAAUAACAACAACAAGGCGGAUACAACAUCGUUGAACAGCAGCGGGAGCAAUAUUAUGAAUGUGACUGCUCCUGCUGUGGCGCCAGGUGGCAACGCUGCCGUCGGGCUGCAGCUGCUGCCCAAAACAUCGCAUGUGGCCAGAUCGAAUUCGCUGCGCAGCUCGAGUCCGCCACGUGUGCGUCGUCUAGUGGCCAAUGUGCCGCCUUCUGUGCCCGAGGAGGAGUCCCAAAUAUCCCCAGGAGGAGCUGGGGGAGUGGGAGGAGCAGGCACACCCACACAAACACAAUCCAUUCCGGGUCAUGGCUUCAAACCACAACAGCUGUCACAUAAUAAUAUGCUCUAUCCAAGUCAACAACCAAGUCAACAGCAUCCACAUCAGCAUCCACAUCCACAUUCACACUCGCAUCCACAUUCACAUGGCAAUGGCAGCCUAAUGACAACAACAACAACAGCUCCAUUGGCUGUGCGUACUGAACAAUAUCGCAACAUGCAACACCAACAACACCAACAACAGCAACAACAACAACAACAAACAUCGCCAGUGAGCUCGGUUGCAAGUGGAACGCGUUCCACACACUCACAUCUCAACAACAGCAACAACAACGGCCAGCAGAACUUUCCUAUAUAUCCUGCCUCACAACAACAACAGCAGCAUCUACAACAACAACAAGCAAAACUUGUAGGCGAUCAAAAUCAGAAUCCACAUGUCAAUCAGGGAUCUGUGAUUCAUGGCAAGACGGCAUCCCGAGCCUCCAGCUCCAGUGGCUCUAAUGCGGCUGCUCUGUCGGCUGCCCAGGCACAGGGACAUCCACAAGGACUUACACAGGGACAGGGAGGAGUAGGAGCGGGAGCCGGAGCAGCAGCAGCAGGAGGAAAGCAGGAGCAGAGACUCACACAUGAGCAAUUCCGUGCCGCAUUGCAGAUGGUUGUAUCCGCCGGAGAUCCACGCGAGAAUCUCGAACAUUUCAAUAAAAUUGGUGAAGGCUCAACGGGAACCGUUUGCAUAGCCACGGACAAGUCGACAGGUCGUCAAGUGGCUGUCAAGAAAAUGGAUUUGAGAAAGCAACAAAGACGCGAAUUGUUAUUUAAUGAGGUCGUUAUCAUGCGUGAUUAUCAUCAUCCCAAUAUUGUGGAAACAUACUCGAGUUUUCUGGUCAACGAUGAGCUCUGGGUGGUCAUGGAAUACCUGGAAGGGGGCGCCCUCACCGACAUUGUCACACAUUCUCGCAUGGAUGAGGAACAGAUUGCCACCGUGUGCAAGCAGUGUCUAAAGGCUUUGGCCUAUUUGCACUCACAGGGAGUGAUACAUCGCGAUAUUAAAUCGGAUUCGAUACUUUUGGCCGCCGAUGGACGCGUCAAGUUAUCGGACUUUGGAUUUUGCGCUCAGGUGUCGCAGGAGCUGCCAAAGCGUAAAUCACUGGUUGGGACACCGUACUGGAUGUCACCGGAGGUGAUAUCGCGUCUGCCAUAUGGACCGGAGGUCGAUAUCUGGUCGCUGGGCAUUAUGGUUAUCGAAAUGGUUGACGGUGAGCCGCCAUUUUUCAAUGAGCCGCCAUUGCAAGCGAUGCGACGCAUUCGCGAUAUGCAGCCGCCGAAUUUGAAGAAUGCCCACAAGGUGUCGCCGCGUCUGCAAUCCUUUUUGGAUCGCAUGCUCGUCCGUGAUCCUGGCCAGCGUGCCACGGCCGCCGAACUGCUAGCCCAUCCAUUUCUUCGGCAAGCGGGGCCGCCAUCUUUGCUGGUACCGUUAAUGCGCAACUCGCGGCAUCACUCCUAAGCACAUAAAAAGGGGAAAAACCGAGAAAAAAAACCGAUAAAAACAGCAUCAACAUUGUUAACUGCUGCCCAGCCCUGGUUGACCAACCGAUAAACUGUGUGCGGUUUUAUUUUUUUAUUUUUUGUUUCAAAAAAACUUAAAUUUAUGCAAGUUAUAUGUAGUAUUAUUAGUUAUUGAUUGGCACCGCUUACUUAAUUUGUCAUCCUUUCGAAAUCCUGUUAAAAUUCCAUUAAAUUUCAUCCUACCUGUGUACAACAAGUAAUUUGUGCAGCCCUGGCAAAACUAUCGAUAUUGUGCACAUGCAGCAUUUCGCUUGUAUUCGAUAUUUAAAAACCUCGAUCGAUGCAAAUUGCUUGCAAUUAUCGAUACCUCUUUUACGAUCGGUCGAUGCAAAUUGUUCGCAAUUAUCGAUAGCUUUUUUACGCUCGAUAUCGAUAGUUUGCCAGCUCUAGGCAUUUAAAAUUUCAUUAACGUUAAUGUAAAACUAUUUUUUUUUAAAUCUUUUUAUUAUUAUUAUUUUCUGUUUAGUGAAAGCUUAAACAUAAUUGUGCCUUUCUCGAAAACUUACAAAUAAUGUGACCAUGGAGAACACAAACCGAUGCACAAAAUGCGCAGCCAUUGCAAAUUGUUUAUUUUAUAUAAUACAAAUAUUUUUUAAAGCGCAUUUUGGCUUCCGUUAAGAUUCUACUAUAUAUAUAUUAUGUAACUUAACUAUCAAUCACGCUUACCCUGUCUCUCUUUCUAUCUUUCUCUCUCUCUGUAAAACGCAAGCGAUUUCUUGUCAAAAAAAACGUGUUUAUUUUAUGUUUGUAAACACAUUUAAGAUUGUUCGAAUAUAAAACUGUAAGAGAAUUGAAUGUACGAAUAUAUAUGUAUUUAUGUUAAGACAAAUUUUGAGAACAACGAAUAUGCAUCCACAUCCCAUAGAAUAGUUCAUCCAAAUUUAUAUAGUUCCAUAGUUAAGUCUGUACUUAUUGUUGUCUUUCUCUCUCUGUCUAUCUCUCUCUCGCUUUCGGCAUAUGUAUAGCAAUUAUUUAUAUCGUAGCUUUAAGUUUCACAUUAUAAUAACCACAAUAACAACAUUCUAAUUUGAAUGAAACAUA